GAGCCAAUUGGAUAGCAAAUAAGAACUUGCCCAUAUCUUUACUGACAAUUCACAUGAAAUGGAAGAUAAGCCUUUUAAAACUUCAAAGUAUGGGCUUACCUACUUUCUAUCCAUAAGUUCAGUCAUUGCAAUUUGCAAGUCAUAAUAGAAAAACCAAAGAACCAGAUUGAAGCUAUCUUUGGAAAGAAUUAUGGCUUCCAUUUCUAUAUCUGCUUCCUUACAAAGAUCAUGCAGCUCAAACCAUGUCACUAAGAAACAACAGCCUCAUCAUCAUCAUCAACAAUCCACAGCUGCAAAGUCUUUGGGAACAACGAACAUUAAGCCUAAAGUUGUGACAACACUCAAUGUGGAAGGCCCAAAAACUUUGGGGGUCUCUGAAAAAGUUCAACAUAAUAGUAAACCAGAGAAUGCUCAUGAAAAUGAAACUAAAGCUGGUUUGGAUUCGAAUUUCGAUGCUCAUAAAUUCAGCGAUGUGCGGUGGAAGAAUGGAACAUGGGAUCUAAACAAGUUUGUUCUUAAAGGAAAGAUGGACUGGGAUGGCCUCAUUGUAGCAGAAGCAAAACGGAGGAAGUUUCUUGAACUAUUCCCAGAAGCAUCUACAAAUGAAGAGCCAGUUCUAUUUAUGACUUCAAUCAUACCUUGGUGGGCAUGGCUCAAGAGAUCCUAUCUCCCUGAAGCAGAGCUUCUAAAUGGUCGAGCUGCCAUGAUUGGGUUCUUCAUGUCAUAUAUUGUCGAUGGUUUAACAGGGCUUGAUAUGGUUGGACAAACGGGCAAUUUCAUAUGCAAAGUUGGGCUCUUUACCACACUCAUUGGUGUAAUUAUAUUUAGAAGAACCAAAGAUUUUGAUUACUUUAAGAAACUAGCUGAGGAAGCUACUUUGUAUGAUAAACAGUGGCAAUCUUCUUGGCAAGAUCAAAACGAAAAGAAGCUCUAAACUUUCUAAAUUUCUAAUUAAUCCCAUCUGGGAAUUUGGUGAUUUUGUCUUUGCUUAAGCUUAGCCAUGUAUGAUGUAUUUAUAUUUAUAUUUAUAUCAAUACAUAACCUUUGUUUU